AUGGAACGCUCCGUCUGUGUCGACGCGGUUUACGAGAAUGGAUCCAAAUGGACCAAAGUCUUCGCGCUCAAGGAAAAUCAGUUGCUGUGGGACAUGCUAGAGAACGGGUGGGAAUGGGAUGCAAAUUUUGAGGACGAGGGCCUGUUCGACAGUGAGACGGAGGGCGAGGUUCAGAUACUACUUGGAUUUGAUGUUCCCGUUGAAGGAGCAAAAGGAGGGCACAUAUGCCUAACCUACAAGUUGUAG